GCGGGGCGGGGCGCGGCGCGGCGGCCGGCGGGCGCAGCGGCGGAGCGGGGCUGAGCAUCCUGCGCCCCGGCGCGGGGGCCUGCGGUAGCCUCGGGCCCCUCCCCUGGACCUGCCAUCGAACCAGCUUGUUUGUUGAAGACGUUGCGACAUCCUCCGUAAUGAUUAUGUACCUGUGACGUGUUAUCAUGUGAACUGAAAUCAGAAGCUUGAAGAGAUUCUAGCAUUCAUUCCUCUCGAGUCCAGCAUCCUUCCCAGUGUGGAAGACAGACACUGCAGCCAUGACCACCCACGUCACUUUGGAAGAUGCCCUGUCCAACGUGGACCUGCUGGAGGAACUGCCCCUCCCAGACCAGCAGCCAUGCAUCGAGCCCCCACCAUCCUCCAUCAUGUACCAGGCUAACUUUGACACGAACUUCGAGGACAGGAAUGCAUUUGUCACCGGCAUUGCAAGGUACAUUGAGCAGGCAACGGUCCACUCCAGCAUGAACGAAAUGCUGGAGGAGGGACACGACUAUGCCGUCAUGCUGUACACCUGGCGCAGCUGCUCCCGGGCCAUCCCGCAGGUGAAGUGCAAUGAACAGCCCAACCGGGUAGAGAUCUACGAGAAGACCGUGGAGGUGCUGGAGCCAGAGGUCACCAAGCUCAUGAAAUUCAUGUACUUUCAGCGCAAGGCCAUCGAGCGCUUCUGUAGCGAGGUGAAGAGGCUGUGCCAUGCGGAGCGCAGGAAAGACUUUGUCUCCGAGGCCUACCUGUUGACCCUGGGCAAGUUCAUCAACAUGUUCGCAGUCUUGGAUGAGCUAAAGAACAUGAAGUGCAGCGUCAAGAAUGACCACUCCGCCUACAAGAGAGCGGCCCAGUUCCUGAGGAAGAUGGCCGACCCCCAGUCCAUCCAGGAAUCUCAGAACCUGUCCAUGUUCCUGGCCAAUCACAACAGGAUCACCCAGUGUCUUCACCAGCAACUGGAAGUGAUCCCAGGCUAUGAGGAACUGCUGGCCGACAUUGUCAACAUCUGUGUUGAUUACUAUGAGAAUAAGAUGUACCUGACGCCCAGUGAGAAACACAUGCUCCUCAAGGUGAUGGGCUUCGGCCUCUACCUGAUGGAUGGAAAUGUCAGUAACAUUUACAAACUGGACGCCAAGAAGAGAAUCAACCUUAGCAAAAUUGAUAAGUUUUUUAAGCAGCUGCAGGUGGUGCCUCUUUUCGGCGACAUGCAGAUAGAGCUGGCCAGAUACAUUAAGACCAGUGCUCACUAUGAAGAGAACAAGUCCAAGUGGACGUGCACUCAGAGCAGCAUCAGCCCCCAGUACAACAUCUGCGAGCAGAUGGUCCAGAUCCGGGAUGACCACAUCCGAUUCAUCUCUGAGCUGGCUCGCUACAGCAACAGCGAGGUGGUGACAGGCUCAGGGCUGGACAGCCAGAAGUCAGAUGAGGAGUACCGGGAGCUUUUUGACCUGGCCCUGCGAGGCCUGCAGCUUCUCUCCAAGUGGAGCGCCCACGUCAUGGAGGUGUACUCUUGGAAGCUGGUUCACCCCACAGACAAAUUUUGCAACAAGGACUGCCCGGGCACAGCGGAAGAAUAUGAGAGAGCCACGCGCUACAAUUACACCAGCGAGGAGAAGUUUGCCUUUGUGGAGGUGAUCGCCAUGAUUAAGGGUCUGCAGGUGCUCAUGGGGAGGAUGGAGAGUGUCUUCAACCAGGCCAUCCGAAACACUAUCUAUGCCGCCCUGCAAGAUUUCGCCCAGGUGACGCUGCGGGAGCCAUUGCGGCAAGCAGUGCGCAAGAAGAAGAAUGUCCUCAUCAGUGUCCUGCAGGCAAUUCGCAAGACCAUCUGUGACUGGGAGGGAGGCCGAGAGCCCCCCAAUGACCCAUGCCUAAGGGGGGAGAAGGACCCCAAAGGUGGCUUCGAUAUCAAGGUGCCCCGCCGUGCUGUGGGACCGUCCAGCACACAGGCCUGCCAGUGGUCCCCGAGGGCUUUGUUUCACCCCACUGGUGGCACACAGGGCCGAAGAGGCUGCCGAUCCCUGCUGUACAUGGUCCGUACCAUGCUGGAGUCCCUCAUCGCAGACAAGAGCGGCUCCAAGAAGACACUCAGAAGCAGCCUGGAUGGCCCUAUUGUCCUUGCCAUAGAGGACUUCCACAAGCAGUCUUUCUUCUUCACACACCUGCUGAACAUCAGCGAAGCCCUUCAGCAGUGUUGCGACCUCUCCCAGCUCUGGUUCCGAGAAUUCUUCCUGGAGUUAACCAUGGGCCGGCGAAUCCAGUUCCCAAUUGAGAUGUCCAUGCCCUGGAUUCUAACAGACCAUAUCCUGGAAACCAAAGAACCUUCUAUGAUGGAGUAUGUCCUUUACCCCUUGGAUCUAUACAACGACAGCGCCUACUAUGCUCUCACCAAGUUCAAAAAGCAGUUCCUGUAUGACGAGAUCGAAGCCGAGGUGAACCUGUGCUUUGAUCAGUUUGUCUACAAGCUGGCGGACCAGAUCUUUGCCUACUACAAAGCCAUGGCGGGCAGUGUCCUGUUGGAUAAACGUUUUCGAGCUGAGUGUAAGAAUUAUGGAGUGAUCAUUCCGUACCCACCAUCCAACCGUUAUGAGACGCUGCUAAAACAGAGACACGUCCAGCUGUUGGGUAGAUCAAUUGACUUGAACAGGCUCAUUACCCAGCGCAUUUCGGCUGCCAUGUACAAAUCCCUGGACCAGGCAAUCAGCCGCUUUGAGAGUGAAGACCUGACUUCCAUUGUGGAGCUGGAGUGGCUGCUGGAGAUUAACCGGCUCACACAUCGACUCCUCUGUAAGCACAUGACACUAGACAGCUUCGACGCCAUGUUCCGGGAGGCCAAUCACAAUGUGUCUGCCCCCUAUGGCCGGAUCACCCUGCAUGUCUUCUGGGAGCUGAACUUUGAUUUCCUCCCCAACUACUGCUAUAAUGGAUCCACAAACCGUUUUGUCCGAACUGCCAUCCCUUUCACCCAAGAACCGCAACGAGAUAAACCCGCCAACGUCCAGCCUUAUUACCUCUAUGGAUCCAAGCCUCUCAACAUUGCCUACAGCCACAUCUAUAGCUCCUACAGGAACUUUGUGGGGCCCCCUCACUUUAAGACCAUCUGCAGACUGCUGGGCUACCAGGGCAUCGCUGUAGUCAUGGAGGAACUGCUGAAAAUCGUCAAGAGCUUGCUCCAAGGCACCAUCCUGCAGUACGUGAAGACGCUGAUAGAGGUGAUGCCUAAAAUUUGCCGUUUGCCUCGGCACGAGUACGGCUCCCCAGGGAUCCUGGAGUUCUUCCACCAUCAACUGAAGGACAUCAUUGAGUAUGCAGAACUCAAGACAGACGUGUUCCAGAGCCUCAGAGAGGUGGGCAACGCCAUCCUGUUCUGCCUCCUCAUAGAGCAAGCUCUGUCUCAGGAGGAAGUCUGUGAUCUGCUUCAUGCUGCACCCUUCCAGAACAUCCUACCCCGGGUCUACAUUAAAGAGGGGGAGCGCCUGGAAGUCCGGAUGAAGCGCCUGGAAGCCAAGUACGCCCCACUUCACCUGGUUCCCCUGAUAGAGCGGCUGGGGACACCUCAGCAAAUCGCCAUCGCUCGGGAAGGUGACCUGCUGACCAAGGAACGACUCUGCUGCGGCCUGUCCAUGUUCGAGGUCAUCCUCACCCGAAUUAGGAGCUACCUGCAGGACCCCAUCUGGAGGGGUCCGCCUCCCACCAAUGGCGUCAUGCACGUGGAUGAGUGUGUUGAGUUCCACAGGCUGUGGAGUGCCAUGCAGUUCGUCUACUGCAUCCCUGUGGGGACCAACGAGUUCACAGCUGAGCAAUGCUUUGGUGACGGCUUGAACUGGGCUGGCUGCUCCAUCAUUGUCUUGCUGGGCCAGCAGCGACGUUUUGAUCUGUUUGAUUUCUGCUACCAUCUGUUGAAGGUGCAGAGGCAGGACGGGAAGGAUGAAAUCAUAAAGAACGUGCCCCUGAAGAAGAUGGCUGACCGCAUCAGGAAGUACCAGAUCUUGAACAAUGAGGUUUUUGCUAUCCUGAACAAGUACAUGAAGUCUGUGGAGACAGACAGCUCCACUGUGGAGCACGUGCGCUGUUUCCAGCCCCCGAUCCACCAGUCGCUGGCUACCACCUGCUAGGCGGAAAGUCCUGCAGACCUUCAAACUGGAGGAGGAGGAGAAGCAGGAGAGAGAACACAGCGGUCAGCCUACCGCAGGUCCAGCUAACAGUGUAUGGGACGGGCCUGGAAAGAAAAGAAAACUUCCCCGACACAUCUGCACCACUCCCAAGGGCUGGGUUCCUGCAUGUUCUCCCAUGAUAUCUCCAUGGUGGGUUUUCCAUAGUGUAAACAAAAAACAACGAAAACACAGGACGGUGUGUGCUUUCUUCUUCUUUUGUUUCCUACCUUAACUGUAUCUAAGAGCUACUGUUUCCAUCCUGCAGCUGCCUACCCCAUCUGUGAUUGCUUCCCAAGACCACUCCCCAACAUCAUUACCUCCUACCCAGUAUCUGUAUUUGGUCCAGCACUGUAGUCUUAGAGACUAAGACGAGAAGACUGUAGCCAUAGCAGAGAAAUGAGCCUGAUCCAGUUGUGUGCCUCAGCUUACUGGGCCCAUCUUUGGGGUUCCCCCUCCAGUUCCCUGGUCACAUUGCUUCAUGUGCUAGAUGUUAGGGAUUCCACCAUCAAGGUUUGACCCUUGGUGAACCAGGAAGAGGUUUUAAUCUGUUGGGAUAAUAGAUGAUAUUGACCUUUUACAGUCUCCCCCAGGCCCACCCUAGUGCCUCCUUGCAGAACAGUCCUAGAGAGAAGAAAAUAAUGCUCUUGAAACCAUAUCCCACUGAGUGGAACAAGGUGAAGAAAAGGACCAGGCCUACCAUGUGGAAGCAAUAUCUGUCAGCACGGGCCAAAACUCCAGCUCCCAAAGGAGAGAUGUAAGACCUUAGGGAGGUGGGGGGAGAUGAGGCACUCCUGUUCCGCACACAGGUGCUUAGACGUGUUGGCCAUGGCACUACACAUAGCAUUAGGCAGAGACCAAACUGGUGACCGCUUAACACAGGACCUCAUCCAGAAAAAUACCCCCCCACACACAUAAAAAAAGAAAACUUUACAGGCUUACUCCAACAGAUGGCUAAGAUAUCUUGGAGACAGGGAGGCAAGGAGGAGAAAUCUUUUUCAACCAGCUUUCAAUCCUGAGCAUGGGCACAUGCACAUGCACAUGCACACGCAUGCACACGCACACACACGCACACACACACACACACACACACCUUUGAGCAAACUGGAAUUUUCAUCAUGUCAGCUGCUAAAAGAUUCUUGGACUGUUUAACUCUUUUGCUCUCAACUUCCUGGUCUCUUCCUUUUGCUCAAGCUCAGUACUGGGGUAUAGAUUCUCUCACAGGGGUGCAUUGACUUCUGCAUUCCAUGCUAAAUCAAACACAGCUGUAGAAUCUCCCUGUAUAGCAGAUCUUUAAGGAGGUGCCCAUGGCUCUGUCCAGAGCUAGUCUUUUGACCUGUAGAGGGAAGCCAUAGCCCUGAGCCCCCAAAACAUAGGAAGGGGAUGAGAGAUACUCCUCUUCUAGCCUGGGGAGGAAGAGAGAAAGCGGAGAACUAACCAUCCCAGCCCCCAGGAAGGUGGCUGACAUCCAUCACCAUUUUUAACCACACAGGGAACAGAGGAGAUAUGCAUGUCCUGCGCCUUUGAGAGACAUGGCCACGUACGCCAGUGUGGUCACGGAAAUUAGAACUCUUGAGGAUCUUGAGAACUUGAGAAACUUGAGUGUUCAUUCCCGGACACCAAGUCUGAAUCUCUGGGAAUAGGGCCAGAAGAUCUGAAUCUUUCCAGUUGCUUUCCUGCAUAUCACAGACUCAGAGCCCCAGCUAUAGAUUGGACCCCUUCACUAGCUCUGGGCAUUGAGGUCUCUCUGAGCAAGAAUAGGAGCCAUUUGCAUUUUAGGGAUGUGGUUUGAAAUGGAAGCUGGCCAGCCUUCCUGUCUGGCACUAUUAAUUCCUAGUCUGAUUGUUUCUCUCCUUUGAUGACCAUAGAUGUAUCCCAGAGGCAGAUUUCCACCUUCCAAAUCUUUGGCCCUGGUGGGGAAUAGCCUUCAUUUUACACUCUAGAGAUUUGGGCCCUUUGCUUGGUAAGACUGCCUUUCUGGCAACUCAUCCCUCCCACCCUGCACUCCUGACCCCCAACAGUUGACCCUGUGGGAAGAGUCACAUUCUCCUCAGGAGAGUUGAUCCCAAUAAACUGAGGUCCUCACUCUGAGGACAGAGAUUUCGUUUCCUCAGCAAUCGCCUGUGGACACUGGACAACUUCAAUCUUCUUUCCUCUCUAGCUCUCCUUGUCCCCACCCCCCUUUUUGAUUUUUUUUUUAAUGUAUUUAAAAAUCAAGGAAAAAAAGCUUAGAUUUUAAAAUGUUUUAAAAAGAAUUCUGUUUCAGAAACCGUCAAAUGUGUACCAUAUUUGUAUUAAGAGUUGUUGGGGAUUUUUGUACAAUGAAUUUACAUUUAUUUAUGGUGAACUUCUAUUUACGCUUGUGAUCAGAUAAUGAUGUUAAAUUCUUAGAUCAUAUUUGCUAUGCAGCUGAAGAGGAUAUUUUGAUUUGUAUUUUGGGGGUACCUGUGUUGAGUUGAUAAAACAUUUUCAUCUCCAUUAAAACUGCUUCCGAACUAGACAAAA